AUGGAUGAGACCCUGAAGCGACCAUCCCACAGUCAAGACGGAUCUGGCAUUGACAAUGGAAACAUCGAGUUCCUCGAAUGUGACGCCAGACUCGAGGGGGGCCCCAACCAGGUCGAAUGGAGGAUGUUGUCACCAAGUAUGGACUCUGGAGUGCCGCAGAAAGUGGAACUGGGCAAGUCUUCAGAGCUCCACUUGUGGGAAUGCGACCUGCGACGAGAACCACAAGUGUCCAAGUGGGAAAGGUGGGGCGACCAGGUCGAAUGCGGUCGAUGGAGCUCAGGGCUGAAUCGGCGAGUGCCUUGA